GACCAGGCAUACAACCAUAUCUACGCUGGUAAACAGAAGCUUCUAUUCCCAACACCGCCUCCUGACAACUUCGCGGCUACCCCGGCGGCAUCGCUUCAAUCCCUCCUAGGCAAUCAUUCCUUGAAAUACCAGUACCCCAAACUCGACAGUGCUUUCUCGUCUCCUUUCGACCUUCAACUUCUCGCAUACAAACCCAUAAUGGCAGACGAAGGCGCUUCUCCCCGGGAGUUGGUCGUGGAGGCCUGCCGGCGCGAUCAGCCUCACUUGAUAGAACAGGUGCUGGAUAGCAUGCAGAACAAGUCCAAUGAAGAGGUGGCCGAGUUCUUCAAUGGGGUGACGGAUUCCAUGGGAAACCAUGCACUACAUAUCUGCGCCUCAUACGGCAGCUACGAUACCAUGGACGCCCUCUUCGACAUCCAGUUUUUCGAAUGUGACCCCCUGACCCGUCUCGACAGAGACACCCCACUCCACGUCGCAGUCCGCUACGCCAACGAAAAGGACGCUGCACUAGGCCUGGAAAUGAUCAAGAUGAUGUGUGAUGCGGGCUGCGACCCCCGGGUCCGGAACAAGCACGGCCAGAAGCCCGCUGAGCUCGUCUACAAUAACCCAGAGAUCAAGUCUAUCCUGGGACAAGCAGAAUAUGUGAUGGCAGAAGGACUCCGGGAGGAUGCGGAGAAUGGUUCCGUACACGACAGCGCCAGUGACAGCGAGUAAAUAUGUAAUAGCGAUCACACACCUCACUUGUAUAGCGAUUUUCUUAAUUAUAUAGAUAUAUGCGAGCGACGAUAAUUUUGAGUUUGUGGGGUAUGAUCCCUGGAAUGCAAGGAUGGUGUAACUACAGGGCUGAAUGCAGGC